AUUGAGCAAGUCGUCACAAAGUUACUACGCACUACAAAGGCACUAUUGGAAGCCUUGACACAAUGGUCUCAGAUGAAUAUGUCUACCAACGAGAUCCUUGAGAUUCACGAAACUCUAGAAAUCCAGUUUUAUUCUGUUUCAAGAGUAUUUGAAGAAGCUAAUGUGUCGAUGGGUGAUUUAGGGUGGAUACCAAAACAACUAAGAGAAUGCGUAUCUGGAGCUAUGGAACAGGAACAAUCGAUUGUUACCUUGGAUCAGCACCUGCCUCGUAUUCGUGACGUGAUUGUGCAUUUGUUACAUGGCUUAAAAGGAAAGCAGCAGCAACUUCGAGAGAGAGACCACGCAGCAUUUUCAAGAGACCAGCAACACCGCACAGACUCGUGGCACAGCACUGUUCCCCAAGCAGUUUUGGCUAGAAAUGCAAGUCAUCAACGGGCUUAUAAUAACGGAGCAACGUCUCCUCCGCCAAUGCCUUCGGACGCCUUAGCUGCCCUGAAACGCCAAGAAAACCUUGCACGCCGUUCUUCGGUCAGAAGGGCAUCGAUGUUUCGUACCGGCGGAAACGAAUAUAACGUCAAGCGUGGAUUGGAUGCACCUCCUGUUCCUGCUUUGCCUAAUGAGACAACAUCCAAACUCUCGAAUAAGCUGACAAGUGUACCAGAGGCAGCAGAAAAUUUAGUAGAAAAAGAAACCAGACAAGGUAAAUUUGUGUGCUUGACUUUGUAUCUACAGAUCAGCAAGGAUGUCAAAAAGAUUCAUUACACAGGAGAAAUCAGCGUGCCUGCUCUUCGUAUGCUGUUCAUCGAAAAAUUUGGCUACACUUCUCGCCAAUCCGACUUCCCUAGCAUUUAUAUCCGUGAACCAGGUGUUCAUGUAUUUUAUGAGCUUGAGGAUCUUUCGGAAGUGAUUGAUAAAUCAGUUCUUUCUCUCAAUUUGAAUGAUACGCCAAAGCACCAGGGCACUGUGCUACGCGACCUUGUCCAAAAGAUGAUAAUCGAGCAUCGGCCCACGAGUGUUUUGGAAGGAAGUGAAGGUGUCAAUGGUGUCCUUAAUGGUGCCGGGACCACUGCAAUGCCUCCAUCUGGUAUGUCCCGCGAAGCUGUGGAACAACACUUGGCUGAGGUAGAAUCCCUGCGCCGCGAUCUGGCAGUGUUGCGCCAACUGCAGGGCGAGAUGAAGGAAACCACGGCGGAUGUGCUUGGUGGCCUGAAGGCCAAGGCAGUGAGUCUGCGUGAACAGGCCAAGGAGCCCACGACAGCCAAUGUGUCGGCUGCAGCAGUCGCAAAUUCGAAUGCACGCCUGUUUAUCGAAGAAGGCAAGGAACAGCUUCUGACGAGCUCAGACAAGAUUACGACCCGGCUUGAGGAUCUGCAGGACACGAUUGAUCAGCUCAAAUUGGAUGUCACGCUGCGCAAAUCCAGCCCAUCCGAGGCACAGAUGACACAUUGUUCUAAUGAGACCAAGGCUCUUGCUCAGGAAAUCGAUCAAUUUGGAGCAUACAUUGCCCGGGUCAAGCCGACCUGGAAGAAGACGUGGGAGCAAGAACUCCAGACGAUCGUGAAAGAGCAGCAGUCGGUCAAAGAACAGGAGGGACUCUUGCUUGACAUGAAGGAUGAUCUGGCGGCACUUUUGGAAGUGUUUGAGCAGCUAGAGAAGAUCUGUGUGUAUCGUGCCAAGGCUCGGCCGGUCCUGCGUGAGUUUAGAGUCGCGCCUGCCGAAGAAGGGUUUGAGGGCAUGGCGAGUGUGUUCAAGCAAGUGACUACGAUUGAUGUUGAUCAUGAGCGCCGUCUCAAGGCACUUGAGCAGGCAGAGAAGAUGCGACAACGCGAGAUUUUGAAUAAGGUGGAUGAUUUUGAGAAAGAGCUUGGCAGUUUUGUUGAGGCCAAGAAGCUCAAGAAGACCGGAGGAGCUCAAGAAAUUGAACGGAUAAGACAGCAGAAAGACAAGGAUCUCUUGAAGGCAAUGUAC